AUGCGUUAUGCUGCCUUCAGUUUUACGACUAAAACUGAUAGGUUGCAGAGCUAUCUCCAGUCACUCGGGAAGGCAACAAAGGCUUUGCGCGAAAGUCAGCAAGAAGACAGAAAGAGCACAAGCGGUCAGCAUGCAUCUGUCGAGUCCCGACUCUCCAGUGGACGCGGCUCUUUAUCUUCGAUGAUCUCUCAGCUGAGAAACAGAACUCGAAAUGAGUCGACGAUAGAGGAAUUCGAAGACGAUAAGGAUAUGUCUGGACACAGUAGCCGCGAUUCUGACGAAACUCCAUCUGUCGAUAGUCAUUCUAGCGCUGAUGGCGAAAGAAUAGUGUUUGACUUCCCUUACGAUAAGGAGGAUAACAAUAAAAGUGGCGAACACUCCGAGCAAUUACCGGACCUGCUGAACAAGAGGAAGAGCAUCCACGACAUUCGCGAGCUACGCUCCUCUAUCGACCAUUCUCUAAUAAAACCUCCAAAAGUGCAGAAACAGAAAACAAGGCGAAGUCUUAGCGUCAGCUCUAACAAGGAAGAAGCUGAUUCCGAACAUUUGUUGGAAGUGGAAGAAGAACCACAGGAGGCCAAAGUGAAACCUAAUCCAAUCAAAAAGAAAAGCCCAUUCCGUCCUGCAGUUGAGAGUGGCAGCGAUCUGGAGUCGAUAGAUUUUGAGGUAAGCUUCAAUUAUUAUUAUGCUGUCGCUUUUUCAUGAUG